UCGCGGAGUUGCGUUGCGGAGUAACGCUCGGCUCGGCAGUGGCGAAGUCGCGACAUCGGCAUUCCAUUCAGUCGGUGUACGUUGUGUUGGCGUGUGAGAAUCCUUUUUUGCGCUCUCCAAAAACAGUUAUAUAUGCCAAUCAAAACAUCCUCUUAUCAACGGACCAUUGAUGUCACGAAUGUUGACAGCGGCGACUGUUUAAUUACUAGAAGUAAGAGUUAAAUUUAUGAAAUGUCUUCGUCUAUUCUAGACGAUCGUGAGGCUUACAAAAAUAAUCCUUACUGGGAAGAUUACACACCCAUCACAGGAGAUUUUACGCCAUUUUAUGUUAUCAUAAGUAUCUGUUCAAUUAUUGGUGGUGUUAUUAUCAUUCUCAACGUUGCCUUUUGCUACUGCUCACAAUAUAGGCACUAUUGGAGGGAUAGAAACACUGGCAAUCGUUGGGUGCAAUCACUUUGGACUGUAACUCCACAUAAUAAUCCACCGCUUGAUUUAUCGGAAUUAGAAAAAGCAAGUCAAAUAUACAAGCAAUCUGUUGCUGUUGACGAUUCAGUGCAAUAUCAUUCAGAAGAAAGUGAAACUAGACUUCAUCAUCAACCUCAGCAAUAUAUGGAAUUACAGAAAAGAGAGAGUGACAUUUAAGUCCAUCCACUAUUUUUAAUUAAAUUUACCAGUAAGAUAAUUCACCAUGAGCCUUUUCACGUUUUGGCCUGUCGUUGCUUUGUUUGUAGUAGGG